CCCCUUUCUGUUCCCUCAGGGACCAUGGGCUGUAGCUGCAGCUCAAACCAUGAAGAUGACUGGAUGGAAAACAUUGAUGUGUGUGAGAAUUGCCAUUACCCCAUAGUCCCGCUGGAUGGCAAGGCCACGCUACCCAUCUGGAAUGGUUCUGAGGUGCGGGACCCACUGGUCACCUACGAGGGCUCAAUUCCACCGGCCUCCCCACUGCAAGACAACCUGGUUAUCGCCCUGCACAGCUAUGAGCCCUCUCACGAUGGAGACCUGGGCUUCGAGAAGGGCGAACAGCUCCGCAUCCUGGAGCAGACCGGCGAGUGGUGGAAGGCGCAGUCCCUGACCACCGGCCAGGAAGGCUUCAUCCCCUUCAACUUCGUGGCCAAAGCGAAUAGCCUGGAGCCCGAACCUUGGUUCUUCAAGAACCUGAGCCGCAAAGACGCAGAGCGGCAGCUCCUGGCGCCCGGGAACACACACGGCUCUUUCCUGAUCCGGGAGAGCGAGAGCACCGCGGGAUCGUUUUCACUGUCGGUCCGGGACUUCGACCAGAACCAGGGAGAGGUGGUUAAACAUUACAAGAUCCGUAACCUGGACAACGGAGGCUUCUACAUCUCCCCUCGCAUCACUUUCCCCGGACUGCAUGAACUAGUCCGCCAUUACACCAAUGCCUCCGACGGGCUGUGCACGAGGUUGAGCCGUCCCUGCCAGACCCAAAAGCCCCAAAAGCCGUGGUGGGAGGACGAGUGGGAGGUUCCCAGGGAGACGUUGAAGCUGGUGGAGCGUCUGGGGGCUGGCCAGUUCGGGGAGGUGUGGAUGGGGUACUACAACGGGCACACGAAGGUGGCGGUGAAGAGCCUGAAGCAAGGCAGCAUGUCGCCCGACGCCUUCCUGGCCGAGGCCAACCUCAUGAAGCAGCUGCAACACCAGCGGCUGGUCCGGCUCUACGCGGUGGUCACGCAGGAGCCCAUUUACAUCAUCACGGAAUACAUGGAGAACGGGAGUCUGGUGGACUUCCUCAAAACUCCCCAAGGCAUCAAGCUGACCAUCAACAAGCUCUUGGACAUGGCAGCCCAGAUUGCUGAGGGCAUGGCGUUCAUCGAGGAGAAGAAUUAUAUCCACCGUGACCUGCGGGCUGCCAACAUCCUGGUGUCUGACACUCUGAGCUGCAAGAUCGCAGACUUUGGCCUAGCACGCCUCAUUGAGGACAAUGAGUACACAGCCAGAGAGGGAGCCAAGUUUCCCAUCAAGUGGACAGCACCAGAAGCCAUAAACUAUGGGACAUUCACCAUCAAGUCAGAUGUAUGGUCUUUUGGAAUCCUGCUGACAGAGAUUGUCACCCAUGGCCGCAUCCCCUACCCAGGGAUGACCAAUCCCGAGGUGAUUCAGAACCUGGAGCGAGGCUACCGCAUGGUGCAGCCUGACAACUGUCCAGAGGAGCUGUACAGCCUCAUGAUGCUGUGCUGGAAGGAGCGCCCAGAGGAUCGGCCCACCUUUGACUACCUGCGCAGUGUGCUGGAGGACUUCUUCACGGCCACGGAGGGCCAGUACCAGCCCCAGCCUUGAGGGGCCUCGCUGGCCUGGGGCCUGGAGCCCUUGCCACCUUUAGCCACCUGUGUCUCUCAGCCUGGCAUGGGGAGAUGGAGUUCUAUUGCCAUACCCAUGUGGUCUGUGCACAUAUGGAUGCUGCCCAUGAAUCCCAUCCAUGUGUGACACAUUCACAUCUUGUGCUGACGUGGGCUCUGCACACGUGCCUUGUACGUGUGGCCGAUACCUGUUUGUCUUGCACACCUGUCCAAAGUGUCCCUUUCUGGAUCCUCCUGCUUCCUGAGACCAUAAGAAAGAAGAGAGAGGCUUGUGAUUGACACCAGCUUCUGCCCUGCACCCCCAUCCUUUCCCCAGGUCAUCAAGAAGCUCCUUAAGGGUUGGGACCUUAUCUAAUACCUCUGCGUGCUCCUCUGUUGUGCCUGGCACAUGUCAGGAGCUCAAUAAAUGUCUGUUUGUUGAUGAA